AUGCUGACCAGCCGCCAUUUCAACAUACUGUUACUCCAGGGAUUUGCACUUGUUGCUGCCCAGGACUACUCAGUGAGAGUUUGGAGUGUCUUUGCGUACACUCUAUACGGAGAUAGUACGCCCAGUGCUUUGGCCGAAAAGCAACCAAUGGGUCUGUCGGAAUAUGGUGCAAGCCAGCUGGCCAACGUGGGAUCGAGUUUCCGUGAUCGCUAUGUUUCCUCAGCAGGAAGCAGCAAUGCCACCGCGACGACUAUUCAAUACAUUGCACCAACCAUCUUGGAUUCAAAAGAUGUGGAUGUAUUGACAACCACCGACCAAUGGGUCAUCGCAUCCGCCCAGGCGUUUAUGCUGGGUCUGUAUCCACCCCUGGGCCAACUGAACAUGAAUUCCACCGAGUCAAUAGCCGAUGGGAUUGAUUAUACUGCCCCAUUAGAUGGCUACCAGUUCCCUUCGAUUGUUACCUUGGGAGAUGGAGACCCCUCUUCUGUCCUAGUUGCUGGACAAGCUAAAUGUGAUAUGUAUCAAGCCGCAACAUCAGAGUAUCAGAAUAGCGAAGAUGCAGGACGAAUUAUAUCGAAGACCAAGGCAUUCUACACGCGACUCUGGAAUCAAGACCUGUUGGGAGCCUUCGACGACGAAUCAUCAGCCACUUACUCGAAUGCUGUUGCCAUUGCUGACUAUCUGGAGUACGAAGUCUUGCAUAAUAGCACCGCGCAGCAGCUUAUCAGUGAUGAUGAGUUGAAACAAGCGCGGUGGCUGGCAGGACUCUAUACAUACUCAACAAACAGACAAAGUGACUCUUCGAGCGAAUCAACUAUUGGUGAAAUCUUCCCCAUAGGAGGUCAAACAUUAGCCACAGCCAUUCUGGAGGCGUUCAGUAUGAAUAUUGAGAGCUUUGGUACCCAAAAGAAGAUGACACUAUUGUUUGGUGACGAUGAACCCGCUGUGGCUCUAGCCUCCUUGAUGGGCUUGGCCUCGAAGCAACAGUCUAAUUUCUUUUCUCGUCCAGUCAGAGGAGCUUCGUUGAUCUUUGAACUUUACAGUUUUGAGUAUGAUGAUGAUGAACUUGUGGCAUCCUACCCUGAAAGCAGCAAUUUGUACGUGAGAUUUUUCUUACACAACGGAACGGAUUCUUCCACGGAGUUUUCGUCUUACUCCUUUUUUGGCUACGGACCAAGCCACACAGGAGUUCCUUACAGCGAGUUCCAGACCGAUAUAGAGACUUUUGCAGUUCAAUCAACCGAGGAAUGGUGUCUGAUGUGCAACUCGGACUCCAUCUUCUGCAAAGGAUCUCUAGGUGAUGACGGAUCCACAUCCAAGAAAAGAAAAGGAAUGACACCAGCUGUCGCUGGCGUUAUUGGGGCCAUCGUUGCAUUGGCUUUUAUUGGAGUGUUAACGAUUGUUGGUCUUUGUCUAUGUCGUCGGUAUAAGGGAGGAGAAAUUAAGUCAAGCAAGCCAAGUGCUGGAGGGUUUAAGGGACCUACAAAGCUUGGAAGUGAUACAGAUGUGUCAUUCAGAAACCCUAUCUGGGAGGCGAAUAAAACCGCCGACAUGGAGCAGGAUGAUGGCAUAUCCUCGAGUGGGAUCGUUGCCCGCGGACAUGAGCGCCUAGGUAGUUGGGAGAUGGGACAGCAAAGGAAGGAGAACACCCUCGCUGGGGAUAGUCAUCGUCAGAUAUCGUCGGCGUUGGAUGAGCCUGAGGAAGAGUGUUGGAUUAAUUCAGGCCUCAAACCUGCAAAAGUUCGAGAGAGUGUGUAA